AAAAUCAUUGUCAAUUCGGCGCUUGAAGUCGACUGAAAAAAAAUGUCUACAUUUGUAGACGUGAAUAUUGUUAAAUAUCUCUGUUCUUGUGGGAAAAGACAUCCGAUAUGUCGUCUCUACCUUUGUCGGCAUUGUUUAAAACUUAGAUGCGGAGACUGUGUGCAGCAUGAGGUUGACACCCCUUACUGUCCAAACUGCUUGGAAAAUAUGCCAUCUGCUGAGGCUAAGCUGAAGAAAAACAGAUGCAGCAAUUGCUUUGACUGUCCCAGUUGUGGCCACACCCUGACAACUCGUGCCACUAGCACCAGUGUUCCUGACCCAGAGGACCCCAACAAGACCACGCCCAAGAAGAUGUACUACAUGGUGUGUGGGUUCUGUCGGUGGACAACCAGAGACGUCGGAAUCCAGGACAAACCAGUAGCCAGUGGAGGAUGGGAAGACUUGGAGAACAAGGACACAAAGCAGAUUUUUUCCUUGCUUGAAACCUAUGAAAAAAUUGCACAAAAGGAAAAGGCAGAGAAAGAGAGGAAAAAAUAUGUCAGAAGAAGGAGCUACCUAAGUUAUGCUGCUGGUAUGGAUAAAUAUGGAAUGGUCUCUGUCGCUGCCAAGAGAAAGCAAGGCAAUCUAGCAAAUCUCAGCAUUAAGGAAAAUGAGGAAGUAAGCUUUUCUAUGGUUAAGCCAUCAGAAACUGUCAAAACAUUUGAUCCCCUCCCAGAAAGCAUAUUUACCGAGCCAAUCCAGCUAGAUAAGAUGAGCACCAUUAGCCAGAGACACGCCUCUGCCGACUUUCAGCCCGGUGAGAGCAGUGCCCUCUAUCCUUUACACAAGCACCUGCUUAUCAGAAGAUCCCUAAGGUGCAAGGAAUGUGAGCACAAUCUGAGCAAACCAGAGUUCAACCCAAUCUCUAUCAAGUUCAAGAUUCAACUUAUUGCCUUGCACCACAUUCCUGAAAUAAAGAUUUUCUCACUACCAGAGCUGAUUUUAAAGAAGGAGUGUAAGGUAGUCCUGACACUGACCAACCCCAGUGCUUACAACUGUAGUAUCUCCUUCCUACAGCCGGACCCCAAGGAAGACAACUUCAGCAAUGCUAAGGUGGAGUUACCAAAGCAUCCCAUUGUUGUCGCCCAGAGAGAUGACGCUGCUUUGUAUGAUGAUGGAAGUCAAGGUCACGAAGCCUUUAAGGAUGACCCAAGUGUCAUAGCUUACAGAAAGUCCAACAAAGUGGGAUUUUUUAUGAAGGUUAAGCCUCAAAAUCCAGAUGAAGAUGUCAAGUUGUCCUUCUUGUUGAAGCAUGAGUACAGGAACACAGCCAUAGCUCUCCCCAGUGAAAACCAAGAGCCACAGAUCGCCUCACUCCAGCACCAGGUCUUCAUCAACCUCGGGCCACCCAAAAAGAAGUGAACAAUCCCCCCUCCCCCCCCCCCCCCCCAAUACUGUGGAUGUUGUACCACAUACCAAAAAUAUAGAUAACAUUGUGCAAUAUGUUGUGAAUGUACAUUUUAUAAAUAUAGUAGAUGAUUCCAGAGGCUUAUAACAUUAACUCUUGGUUGCCAUGCUUAGGCUUCGGUUUUCUUCCAGGUAGAAUGAUAAUGGAGGCAUGAUUCCGUUUCAUUGUCUGAUGUCAGAAUGUGUAUUUAUAAUUGUAAUGGUUUUGGUUCCACUGCUAAUAAACAAAGAGAUUAGUUAA